AUGCCCCCAACAGACAGAGCGGAUGGAAGCACAAAACUUUCAGUCUUUGUACGUGUUCGACCUCUCGAUUUGAAUAAUCGAAACAAGGGAGAAUUUGAAUGUAUUAGUGUUGUUGAUAAUAAGAGACUUCUCCUCGUCGACCCCGACAAAUUUUCUGCAGACCCUUUAAGGCAAAAUAGGGCCCAGGAAAGAUCAUUUAAUUUUGACAGAGUUUUUGGCCCUACUUCUUCUGAAAUUGAUGUCCAAGAGGAAAUGAGGAGCAGUCAAGGAUUAAUUGACAAUCUUGUUCAGUUUGGGAGGAAUGGGACUGUGCUAGCUUAUGGACCUACAGGAACAGGCAAAACCCACACAAUGGUUGGAACAAGAGAAAGGCCUGGUUUAAUGACGCAAAUGACUCGAGCGUUAUAUUCGCGACUGGGAGAGAUGGGAGACCGAGAAACGAGAGUUUUUAUUUCUUUUAUGGACAAUCAUGGAAAUGUUCAAGUCCCAAGUUUGAGUAGAGUUCGCGCACCUAAUAGCAACAGAAUAUUGCAACUGUUACAGGAAGGGAAUAGUAGAAGAACACAAGAGGCAACAGGGGCUAAUGCAACUUCUUCCCGUUCACACGCACUUUUACAAAUUUCUCUCAUGCGUAAUGAGCGUGAACGAGGAAAAUUAUUUUUAAUUGAUCUUGCCGGUUCUGAGAGAGCUGCACAUACUCAAAAUCAAGGACAACGUUUGAAAGAAGGCGCAGCCAUUAACCGUUCUCUUUUAGCACUUGGCAACGUAAUUAAUGCUUUAAGUGCUGCUCAGAAUGGAAGGGGACGGGCUACUUUUGUUAAUUAUCGAGAUUCUAAAUUAACAAGAUUGUUAAAGGACUCGUUGGCAGGUGGAGCUGAUGGGGCAAAGACUGUCCUUAUAGCACAUGUUACUCCAUCAUCUGUUCAUUAUGAUGAAACUUUUAAUACUUUAACUUAUGCUACUCGCGCAUUAAGCAUCGACUUGAGGCAAUCACGUCCUCGACGUCCAGCAUCUGCUGACCGGUCCUAUUCUGAUGCGCUAGCAACUCUCCGGGCUGAAGCACAAAAGGCUGGAAGACUCGAAUUGGGAGGAGGGCAUAAUGCUUACAAUUCCACUGGACAUUUAGCCGAUGACUAUGUGCAAAGCCCCAAAAGGAGAGGAAAUGUCCCUAAUUAUGAUAAUAAUAGAAGGAGAAAUACCUCCCCUCCCUCAAAUUUACCCCUAGUAAUCCCUCCACUAGCUCUACACAAUACAAAUGUUACAAACACAACAACAAACAAAAGAAACACAAAUACACAACAACAAGCUGUAAAACUACCAAAAAUUGGGGGAACAUUGUUCGAUUCGUUGAGAGAGCAACAUUUGGCGAGUGCUGAAAGGCAACAGCGAUUAAGGCAAAAAAAUAAACUUGUUUGUAAAAACACAGAAAAAUACAACUUGGAGAGAUUGUUGCGCGCGAAUACAGAAGCAUUCGAACUUGAGACACAAAAACAGACACGUAUCUCAAUUCUCGAAGCUUAUGAAGGCCAAAAGGAUGAAAACGAGAAGGAAGAUAAUCAAAUAAUUAAUUCUGGCGAACGUCUACAAAAGGCUGUGGAAAAAAUGCGUACAGAAUUGGGGGAAAUUGAGCGUCGACAUUCUGUGUUAAUGGAAAAUAGGCAUAAGUUGGAAGCAGCUUUGCGUAAAGGAGAACAGAACAUGCGUUCCAUUGAAACAAGAAUGAGAGCUCAGGCUAAAGAGCCACAACAAAUACAAGUAAUUGAAUUGCUUAGUGUUUUGGCUAAACAACAGGCAGAAAGAGCAGCAAUUCACUCCGAUUUUGCUAUUCAAAGUCGUCGACUACGACGACAGGAAAGUGCAUUUAAGCAGCUUAGGCGUUAUGAACGUGUUGCAGAUUUAUUAAUAGGUGUUGGAGGAGAGAAGGUUGAUGGAGAUGAAGAACGUUCCCAACUAUUUCGAGAAUAUCGAAUAUUAAGAAGUCAAUUAAGCAAAUUGCUCGAACAAAAUUCAAAUAAUAAUGGUAUACCCUCUUGGAAUGCUCAAAUACUUGAAAGAUUAAAUAAUGGGGAAAGAAAUAAUAAUACGAGUAAAACUGUUAAUAAUGGAAAGAGAAGAGAUAGUGAAUCACCUCCAAUUAUGAGGUUGUUAAAUUACAAUUUGUAA